CUUCCUCUCUCCCACCCCAAACACCCCCUCUCCUCCUCUGGGAGUCCACUGCUCAGACAACAAUGUCCAACCCAGCUGGGGGAGGCGACCAGGAAGCCCCAGGACCACUUCCCCCGGAACUGCGUCUGCUCCCAGAGUGGUGACCACCAUAACAGCCUUGGAAUCACUUGAGGAAUUUUUAGAGAUCUGAUGCCCAGACCAAUUCAAUGAGAACUUUGCGGCUGGUCUGAGGACUACGAAUCUCCAGCUCUGCAAUGCAGAAGAGCAUGGGCGUUUGAGCAACUACCUGCGCAGAGGGAGGACGCUUGCUCACCUGCUGAGAUUUCUUUCCCAGAUCCGUCAGAGUCUCCAGGAGAUCCUGAUGCCCACAGUUCACUGCACAGCAUGGAGGGUCCGGACGUGGAGCUAUGGAAGCAAGUGUUCCAGGAAUUAAUUCAGGAAGUGAAGCCAUGGCACAAAUGGACCCUGACAGUAGACAAAGACCUUCUUCCCAACAGCCUGAAGCCGGGGUGGUCACAGUACAAGCACCGGGCCUUUGCCAGGUUCCAGUGCUCCUUGUGCUCUCGCAGUUGGUCCUCGGCUCAAGUUCAGGUCCUUUUCCACAUGCACAAGAGUGCGAGGAACCCCAGGGGCAAGGUGAAGAUGAGGGUCUUUGCCCAGAGAUGUCGGAAGUGCAGUGAGUCUCCAUUUGAGGUUCCCAAGUUCACAGAAGAGAACAUCUCAAGGAUCCUGAACAACCUGGUGUUCCGAAUUCUGAAGAAAUGCUACAGAGAAGGAUUUAAGUCGAUGGAGGAGAUUCCUACCAUCAAGGAAAUCUCUCUUGAAGGACCACAUGACAGUAACAACUGUGAGGCGUGUCUGCAGGGCUUUUGUGCUCAGAGUGGGUUAGGUGAGGCUGUGCAGCCACCAAUGUCCCCAUUACUUCCUGCCAUAAGCUCCCCUGCUCUUGGGACUGCCAUUCCCACGCCCUCUCCCGCUAGGAGUGGCACCAGAGUGUACACAGUGAAGGGAAACGCCACAGGGGACACAGUGAGGGGGAACGCCACAGGGGACACAGUGAGGGGGAACACCACAGGGGACACAGUGAAGGGAAAUGCCACAGGGGACACAGUGAGGGGGAACACCACAGGGGACACAGUGAGGGGGAACGCCAGAGCAGACACAGUGAAGGGGAAUGCCAUGGCAAACAAGGGAAAGGCUUUACCCCAAUCCUGGUAUUCUGGGUCCACGACGGCCACGAUGCUUCCCACCCACUGGAGCCCGAGAACAAACACCUACCACCACGCGGAGAGGAGAAUCCGGGUUAGGACCUGGAGUCAGCAGCCCUUUUCCCACGGAACCCCGAAUCUCAGGUGCUGGAACUUAAAUGUUUGCUGGUGUUUUCUCAUUCUGAUCGUUGUCGUGGUGAUUAUCAUAGAGACCCUUCAGUGGAUCUUCACAUGAGGCCAAGUUCAAAGUCAUGCAGAACGAUCCCACGGAGAGGAAAUGCCCGUUAGAGUUAAAUCCAGAGACAGGAAGUAGAUUGGUGACUGCCAGGGGCUACAGGGAAGGGGAUUAAACUGUAUGGGGCUUCUUGGGCGCGGAGGGUGGGUGGUGAUGAAAAUGUUUGGCACAAGACGGAGGGCGUGGCUGUGCAACACUGCGAAUGCAGUAAACGCCACUGAAUUGUUCAUUCUAAAGUGGUUGAUUUCAUGUGAUUUUUAAGGGUUCAUGUUAAUUUCAACUCAAUUUUGCGUAGAGGACACUGAAAUUCUGCUCACUCUCUGGAGAACUGAGACCAAAGCCUUUAGGGUUCACAGAACCAUUUGGAAAUCUCAUGAGGCCUGUGGAGCCUCUCUCCCCAGAGAAGCUUGCACAGACCCAGUGACGUCAGCCUGUGGAGGCACUUGUCGCGGUUUUCAUUAGGCUGAAAGCCUAGGUCUCAGGGCAGUGUUCUCCACAGCAGGGUCCAUGCAGCUCGGGGCUGUGGCAGGGCCAGCCACCCCCAUGGGGGAGAUAGCCUUCAAACUCUAUUUCACGUUUCUUUGUACUUUACUAUUUCUUGUCGCAUGGUUUAUAACGUGCGUUACUGUACCAGUAGAAUGGUAUUGUGACACAACGUGUAAUUAAACAAAUGUACACCCAUCUGGAGUGUGUGUUCAGU